AUGGAGUCUUUGAAACCGACUUGGUACCAUGAGCUUCUUGCUCUGGGUGCUCUGUCUUUCCUGACGACUUUACAUGAGUCUUCAUUGCAGACCGCCGCUCGGUACCUGAUCGCUCUGCUCGUGGCGCGGCACGUUAUCAGGGCAGUGUACUACCUCUUCAUCUACCCGUACUUCUUCUCUCCUCUCAGCCACCUCCCAGGACCAAAGGACCACCACUUCCUUGUCGGCGACCUCAUAAAUCAGGCCAGGUCAGGGAACCCCAUUGAGCCGUAUCUCUCAUGGACGCGACAAUGGCCAAACGAGCCGCUUAUCAAGUUCACCGGCUUCGGCAACUCAGACUGCCUCAUCAUCAAUGACCUAGAAGUCUUCAAAGAGGUCUUUCAGACAAAGAGCUAUUCGUUUAUCAAGGCGCAGUUUAAUACCCGCAUCAUUGUGCAAGUGACGGGGACUGGGAUGGUGUUUGCUGAAGGAGACUUGCACAAGGCCCAGAGAAAGUUACUAUCGCCCUCGUUUUCUCUCACCAAGGUCAAGAAGGCGAUCCCACUCUUCCAAAGCAAAGCAAAGGAGCUCGUUCAACUCUUUGAUAAGGAGAUUAAGUCUCAAGAGGGCACCGUAGACAUGUCCCAAGCCUUCAGCCGCGUCACAGUCGACAUCAUAGCAUGGUGGACCCUCGGCAUCGACCUCCAAGCAACCCUAACCCACUCCUUCUUCCACCAAGCCUACCACCGGAUGUUCGAUCCGUCCCUCUUCGGCGGCAUCCUCAUGGUCAUGAACGCCUACGUUCCAGGAACCCGCUCGCUCCCUUUCGAAGAGAACCGCGUCUUCAACGCCUGCAGCGGCGGCGUCCGCUCGCGCAUAAGAGAAGUCAUUCGUGAGCGCUUCGCGGAAAUCGACGAGGUCCCGGGUGGCAGCGGUGGUGAUGGUAAAGGCGCGGAAAAGACCCGCGACAGACCCGAUCUCCUAACGCACAUGAUCCUCGAAUCCAGGUCCAUCAACGAACCCUGGUCCGAAGACGAAAUCCUCGAAAACUGCCUCAACAUGAUGGUUGCAGGCCACGAGACCUCCGCCACGACGCUCACCUGGGGCACGCACAUCUUCACGCUCUACCCGCACAUUCAAACGCGCGCCAGGGCCGAAGUUUUGCGUCUCCUCAAGAAGAACCCGACGCCGGACUAUCUCGAUCUCGAAGAGGGUCUGCCCUUCAUCGACAACCUCACGCGCGAGAUCCUCCGCUUCUACGCACCGGGCGUCCUCGCCGCCCGCGAACCUGUCGAAGACGUCACCGUCGGCGGCACUUUUAUCCCCAAGGGCACCCCGCUCUACAUGUUCCCAGCCCUCGUCACACGGAACAAACGCAUCUGGGGCGAGGACGUGGAUGUCUUUGACCCGGACCGCUGGGACCGGCUCGAGCGGACGCCCGCGAGCAACCCGCUCGCCUUUGCGACGUUUUUGGCCGGGCCAAGGCAGUGUAUCGGAAAGGCGUUCGCGCUGAUCGAGAUCAAGGUGCUCUUCAUGGCAAUUUUGAGUAAUUUCAAGUUUGAGGCCGCGGUGGAUCCUGAGGAUAUCGAGUUUGUUAAUCCUAGUCCUGUUCUGAGGCCCAAGGGGGGUUUGAAGGUGAGGGUGCGACGGCUGGAGGCGGGUGAUGUCGAGGAUGCGUUCUUGGAAUGA